AUGCAUCCUCCUUUGCACACAAUGAAUGCUCUUCCUUGCGAAGACAUUAUUGCCGCUCUCGAAGAAUGCCACGCAAAGGGCUUCAUGCACAAAGCCACAGGCGCCUGCAACGAUGAGAAGAGACUGGUAGACAAGUGUCUGCGAGAGGCGCGAUCCGCAAAGCAAGCCGAGAACAGGACCGCCGCGAGAGCAAAGCGAGAUAAGCUCAAGGAACAGCAGCGAGAGCUGGGUCUCUAA